AUGGGGAUGAACAGCCAUAUAUUGAUCUCAUGUUGCUUUGCAAUCAUGCUUUGCAUGGAGGAAUUAGUUUCCUCUAGAAAUGUUUUUCUGCAAAAAGACUAUUCUAUAGAUGGGGACUAUUCUAGAAGAGACAAACUCAAAAGAAUCAUCCCCAGAAGUUACUGUAGACUGAGAGGUUGCUGUUCCGGAAGAGAUGAUGGCUGCACACUUCACUACUAUUCCAGAAAUGCCACAUGCUAUUGUGACAGUUUCUGUACUUCGGGUCCGGCUGACUCUGUUGACUGCUGCCCUGAUUUCUGGACUGUUUGCCACCAGCGUCCUACAUGGCACCCUGCGUCCAAGCACAUAGGACCAUCUUCAUUACAGCAAGCAGGUUGCUUCAAAGAUGGGCAGCAUCAUGGAGAAGGAGCCAUAUUUAAAGACAACUGCAACUCCUGCAAAUGUGUAAACAGCAGUUGGAAAUGUUCAGCUGAAACAUGCCUCGUGCGGCCCGGCUUAAUUAAGCAAAUCAAUGAUGGGAAUUAUGGAUGGAAAGCUCAUAACUACAGCCAGUUUUGGGGGAUGAGCUUGAAAGAAGGUUACAAUCAUCGUCUUGGAACAUUUCCCCCAUCUGCUGCCCUGCUGGACAUGAAACUAGUCAUGGGAAACAUAACUGGAGAGGCUGACUUCCCUGAAUUUUUUGUGGCCUGGCAUGAAUGGCCAGGUUGGAUUCAUGACCCUUUGGAUCAAAGAAACUGUGCAGCAUCCUGGGCCUUUUCAACUGCAAGUGUUGCUGCAGAUAGAAUAGCAAUUCAUUCUCAAGGCCGUUUCACAGACAAUCUUUCCCCUCAACAUUUGAUCUCUUGUUACAUCCCGAACCAACAUGGAUGCAAAGGAGGAAGCAUAACUGGUGCUUGGUCAUACCUCAAGAAACAUGGGUUGGUGUCUCACACUUGCUAUCCAUUGUUUUGGAACCAGCCUUUCCAAACCCCUUGUGCAAUUUCAACUGUCUUUGAUGCAGAAGGGAAAAGGCAGCCCAUGCAGCCCUGUCCAAAUAACUUGGAACCAUCCAACCGCAUUUAUCAGUGCAGCUCUCCCUACAGAAUCUCUUCACAGGAGGCUGACAUAAUGAAAGAAAUUAAAGAAAACGGGCCAGUGCAAGCUGUCAUGCAAGUAUAUGAAGACUUCUUUCUUUACAAGACUGGGAUUUAUAAACACAUUUGGAGUAGAGACGGGAAAACACAGAAUGGUUAUGAGAAGAGGCCACAUUCUGUUAAAAUUGUUGGGUGGGGUGCCUUACAUAAUGGUGAAGGACAGAGACAAAAAUUUUGGAUUGCUGCAAAUUCCUGGGGGAAUUCCUGGGGAGAAAAUGGCUACUUCAGGAUUUUACGUGGACAAAAUGAAUGUGACAUUGAAAAAGUGGUCAUAGCUACCAAGUGUCACCUUUAG